GGUAUGCGUGAAGGCGGGGAAGAUGGUGGAGGUUGUCUACCCGUGGAUCUUCCGCGUUGGUUGCACGACACAUGCGUUGGAUUUGGCGUUGGAGGACAUGAGCAAGCGCAUCGGGUGGCUGAAGAGGGUGGUGGAAAACGGAAGCAAUUUGGGAUUCUUCACAAAUGUCGACAAGAACGACGAGCCGUCGAAGGAGGAGGUGGAGGAGUGGUACAAGAGCUUCGAGGAGCAGAUAGAAGCCGACCAGGUUGAUCUGCCUGCAGAUUUUGGUGUGGAUGCAGAAGACGGCGAACAGUCGAUGAUACGACRGUGGUUGCAAAAUGACUUGGACGACGACAUGGCCGACAAAGAGGAGGAGAUCAUGCUUCUCGACAAGAUGGAGUGCAAGUGGCCUACUUGCACAAAGYCGGGGAAGCAUCGAGAGGAGCUGCGCCGGCUGUCUGGUCUUGUUGAGCCUGAUCCGGUGGAAAUGUUCACGGAGGAGGGCCGACUUCUCGCGAUUAAGGCACGCCAAACGGGAGACUGGGUGGAAAGGGUGGAGGUGGUUGCCGCCACAGGCAGGCGCAAAAGAAAGAAGGACGAGCGCUCCGGCGGGGGGAAGGACGCCGACAAGACGGUGCAUAAACGAAAGAGGGGGCGCCCAACAACACAAGAGGCGGCAGAACAGAAGGUGCGAGAGGCAGCAGCAAAUGCAGCGGCGRCGAAAAAAGCCAGCAAAAAAAAAAAAUCAGGCAAGGCGAAGUGCGGGGUCAUUGAAGAUGACGAAGACCCCCCCGAGACGGAGUCGGAGUCCGGGUCUGCACGACAGGUCGGAUGGGGGGGUGGAGGGGAUGGGUGACGAGGCGUCAAACGAACAGGAUGGGGCGGUGGAGGGGGCAGGGGGGGAGGAGUCAAAUGAAGAGGAAGUGGGGGCGGAUGGUUAUUGUGAG